UCCAGUGCUAAGCGCAAGUGAGAUAGGGCUCUGCUUCGUUCAUCACAGGCUCGCACACCCUGUCAUCUCCAGCCAUUCAUUCUGCCCUCCCUCGCUUCGGCGCACGCUGCAUUCCUCCGGUAGUUUUUGGAUAGCGCAUAGCGAUGUUUCUCUGCAGAACGGCCUGGCAAAAAUGUGGGCAUUUGGCAAGGAAGUCAGCCUACCAGUUAUCUAGAGAUGUACUGCCACGGCGACAGAUGUCGUCGCUCCCCGGUGGUACUGGUGAUAACAURAUCUAUGCCCUGCUGUGUGGUGGGGCCUUUGCUGGAGCUGUCGCCUAUACGUACAGCACUGUGACCACAGACCACGCCAGAUUCACCGACCGUAUAGCGGAUAUCAACGCUCGUCCCAAGGCCGAGUGGGUUCCCAAACCAUGGCCCCCCAAGAGCAGGGAUGAGGAAGAGGAGGGUGAGGAAGCAGUAGCCGAUGGAGAGGAGGAAGCAGAGGAGGCGGCGGCUGGAGAGGAGGCUGCAGCUGAAGAGGCUGUGGAAGCGGAAAACGUAGCAGAACCUGCUGAAGAGGCCGAGGCAGUCUCUGAAGAACCUGCUGUGGAGGCAGCAGUAGAGGAAGUGGCUGUAGUAGAAGCAGAGACUGUGGUGGAGGAGAUCGCAGAGGCUGUCGCCGAGGCUGCUGAAGUCAUCGCCGAGGUCGCUGAAGAGGUCGUUGAGGUGGCCAAGGAAGUAGAGGCGGCAGCAGAGGAAGUGGUCAUAGUGGCCGAGGCCGUGGAGGAUGCUGCAGAGGCCAUCGCCGAGGAAGCAGUUGCUGUGGCAGAGCCAGAGAGCAAUGGUACGGCCGCACAGGAGGAGGUAGCUCCCGAGGCUGCUGUUACUGCGGAGUAACGGGCGCGUACACUGUCCUUCACCACCAGCCCAACACACAUACACACUGAUAGACAAGCAACUAGAGGAAGGUUAGGUGUGCACUAUUUACCCACACCAUAUAAUACAGUACCACUUAAAACUGAUCCCACCUUUUCCAAAAACCACUUGAGAGCUUGACUCCUCAGAUGUAAAGGUUCUUCUCUGGAAAGAACACAUUUUAUUUAUUAGAGUUUAUAUAGAUGGCAGAGGUGUAAUUUAUGAUAUGACUGAUUAAGUUAAAGUGAGAAGACUGAGUAGAAUAUUGUUAUUUCCCCUCUUCACACUAGAAGCUUCCAGACUUUGUGGGGUUUGAUUACUUUAUGUAGUUCAGUCUCUCCUGGCUGUGUACAGUAUAGUUGUUGUGAUUCCUGGAGAUGGUAAAGGCACUAAAAAGCUUUCGCUGCUGAGGCUGUUUUUUCUUGAAUUCCCUAUCCAAUCAGAACAGCAGAUCGCCACAGUGAGACCCUUUAGAAAGUGGCAGUGAUGUCAUCAAUGCUAUCUCUUGCACAGUUAAGGAUGUAAUGGUUUCAACCUUGUAUCAUUACAGUAAGGAUAAAAAUACACAGCUGCAAAUCACUUCUCCUUCCAAACUACCGUUUCACCCUUCUCCCUUCCUCUUAAACAUUGGCCACUCAUCUUUCACCAUUCUGUUUACGAUCUCCACUGACCUAGCGUAUCAACAAUCUUUAACCUCUCACCUGCCUUGCCUCAGAGGCCCYCUGCCGCAUGCAACCACAAACAGGAAAACACCUCAAAUGAGCCAUUUGAUUAUUUUGUUUGUAAUGUGUACGCCCAGUCCACGGCUAACCAAUCACUACUACUCGGGGUUUAUUUGGGAGAUAUUACAUUUACUGUACUUUUGAAGCCUCUUUUAAUAUGCUUCUCUGCCAGAUAUCACUGAGUUGGUACAUGCCGACGUAAUGAUAAAAGCUUUUGUUUAACCCAACCCGCUGCACAUCUCAUGCAGCCGUGUGAUAGCUUCUGCUAGUACAGACAACCCUACUGUAACACAACAAACUGUUGCCGUGUGUUUUAUUCUUCACUGUAAAACUGGAACUUUGAGGGAAUGACCUUGUAAGGUUAACUUGAUGAACUCAACCAUGUGGUCAUUCAGAUUUUGCUCUUUUUUAAAAACUGGAUAACGCAGUGAGUAGUUGUGUAAUGGGAUUUCAUCGAGCCAAACAAUAAAAGUAUUGAGAAACUGGAAAGAUC